AUGCUUCCCCCAACGCCGGCUCCGGUUUUCGGCGCAGCACCCCUGCCACAGCGUGUGGCGAGCGCGUCCCAGCUGCCUUUACCACUCGCACAAGCGGUUCCAGCCGCACAAGCGGUUCGCACACUACCGACUGCUCCUGGUAGCUCGCCACUGGUGACGACAAAGGUAGCGGGGCCUUUGCAAGGCCAGCCUGUAGCUACGGCCUUGCCGCCUACGGCAAGUCCAGGGCUGCAGCGGUGCUACAGCACAGGGAGCAUGCAGGUGUCUCUUCACUCGCAGACGCCGUCGCAGGUUACACCUUGUGCCACUCCACCGGCAGUUCGCUUUUACUCGGGAGUGAUCCGAAAUAGUGACGCGGUACCCAUUGCCACAGUGCGGUCUGCAACUCUUCCUCAGCCUCAGGGUUAUCCGCAGGCCGGCAUGCCCAUAAUGGUUAGGCAUCAGUCAACUGCUUCACUCAGAAGCCAUCAUUCUGUGGAGCGAGCUGUGCCUCUAGUGACCACUCCUAAGUCUAAGGACGCCAGCCCAAGGCGGGGAUCACCCAGAGGGCAUAGUCAGUACGCCUCAAGGGCCAGUCUGGCAAAGUCAGUUGAGGAAGAGACCUGUACGUCGCCUAGAUCCAUCCGCUCUUUGCAGUCCCCAAGAUCUGUACGUUCGCAGUCGCGCAGCGGCAGCCCCAAGGGUGAGGAGAGCAAUGCCAGGGCAAGGAGCCGCCACAACACAGCCGACUCUGCAGUGACAGAGGGUGAGGAAGCUCCUUGGGAGGUACCAUAUGCAGCUCGAACUGGCAGCCAGUCACCUCGUGCAGCCACCCCACUCACUGGCAGAUCAGACUCACAGAAACGGCGCUACCACGACCUCUACGAGGAUCAUGAGAUACGAAAGCAGAAGUGGCAAGCUAAACUGGAGGAGAAGAAGCGGAAAGAGGAGCAGGAACUCCAGAGGGGCAUUGCAAACACUUGCAGCCCACGGCAUUUCAAUCCAGAGGAGUUCCACAAUUGGUAUGCCGAAAGCAUGAACAAACAGCAGAGCUUCAACGCGAACCGCCUGGAAAAGCAGCGGUCGGAGGCAAGGUUACGAGCCUUCCAG